CCAGCGCAGAGUGUAGAGCGUGCAGAGUCUCGAAAUCUCUCAUCAUUCCCAUAUCGUGAAUAAUUGAACACGCGUGUUACACAGUGAAGUAAAAAACGUGCGAUGAUAAUAUUGUAGCUCGAUAGAAUUGUAACUGUCGGUAAUUACAAACAAGAUGAAACGAUUAUCAGAAGAAAGAACAAAAGUUCUAUUCGAAAAACUGGCAAAGUACAUUGGCACUAAUGUAAAAUUGCUAAUUGAUCGUGCGGAUGGAAUCUAUUGCUUCCGAGAGAUGAACUCUCGGGUGUACUAUAUGUCUGAAAAAAUUAUGAAAUUGGCCGAAAGCCUCAAACAGAACGAGCUUGUUUCCGUCGGUACAUGCUUUGGAAAGUUUACCAAAGGCAACAAAUUUAUUUUACAUAUUACUGCACUCAGCUACCUGGCCCCAUAUGCACAGUACAAGAUAUGGGUAAAACCAUCGGCCGAACAACAGUUCUUGUACGGAAACCAUAUAGCAAAGUCUGGUUUAGGCAGAAUCACGGAAAAUACACCCAUGUACCAGGGUGUAGUAGUGAUGUCCAUGAACGACACGCCUCUGGGAUUCGGAGUUGCGGCCAAAUCGACUACGGAUUGUAAACUUGCUGACCCAUUAGUUACGGUUUGCUUUCACCAGGCCGACAUAGGAGAGUACAUUCGGUCAGAAGAUACGUUAAUUUGAUUCAUAAAUAUAGGCUC